UCUUGCCAAAAUACCACAAACCAACCCCAAACUAACCCCCAAACCUCUUUAAAAAGAGAGAGAGAAAAAAAACCCUUCAACUCUUCCUUUCUUUUUUUCCCCCCUCCUUCCUAAGAAAGCAGAGCCCAGCUCAUCAGCAGGAGGGGUUUUGGAGUUAACUGCAUGCAGGAAAUCUCUCACAUCCUGAGUCCCAGCUCGCUCCUCUCUGUAACUGUAUAUUAUGGGGCUUCUCUCCAGCCCCAGCUGAUGAAAGUUUGUCUCCCUCAGCCUGGGCUAAGAUGUCAAAGCGCCUCCGCGCCCAGCGCUUCCCCCCCCCGGCGCGGGUGUCCGCGUUGCUGCUCAGCCUCGGCUGCCUCCUUCCAGCAUCCCCCGCCGCUCAAGGUGACAAUGUGGACAGCAAAUUGGAAUCCUCAAGACAGCAGAUGCCAAAGGACCAGUCAAAAGAUUACGAGAUAACAAUUCCCUUCCUUUUGAAUGGAGAACAGUGGAGACCAGUAAAUGGCAUUUAUUCAAAGAAUCACCCAGCACUGCUGCAGUUUGUAAUACAAGCCGAAAGCAAACACCUAGUCAUCAAUCUGGAGAGGAAUGACGGCCUGUUAGCCAGCAGCUUCACAGAGACCCAUUAUUUGAAAGACGGCACUGACGUGGUCCUCGUACGCAAUUACACGGGUCACUGCUAUUACCACGGCCAUGUACGAGGGUACCCAGACUCCUCAGUCAGUCUCAGUACCUGCUCUGGACUCAGGGGAAUUAUUGCAUUUGAAAACAAAAGCUACAUUCUGGAGCCAUUGGAAGGUGCUAUAAGUGAACACAAGAUCUACCGAGCAGAGAAUUUGAAAAUAGCCCCAGGAUCUUGUGGCCACCAGCUGGACAUCCCUGCCAUGGGAGCUGAUGACAAUGACACAUCGCACCAUUCUCAAGCUGGCAGGUACAAGAGGGAGACUCUGAAGACAACUAAGUACGUAGAGCUUGUUAUUGUGGCAGAUAAUCGUGAGUUUCAGAGACAAGGCAAGGAUGUGGAAAAAAUUAAGCAGAGGCUGAUAGAAAUUGCAAACUAUGUUGAUAAGUUCUAUAGGCCACUAAAUAUUCGAGUAGCCCUGGUUGGAGUGGAAGUAUGGAAUGACAUGGAUAAGUGCUCUAUUUCUCAAGACCCUUUCACCAGCCUCCAUGAGUUCCUGGACUGGAGAAAGCUAAAACUACUACCUCGUAAACCCCAUGACAAUGCACAGCUGAUAAGCGGUGUGUACUUCCAAGGGACUACCAUUGGCAUGGCACCCAUAAUGAGCAUGUGCACUGCAGAGCAGUCUGGAGGGGUCGUCAUGGAUCACUCAGAAAACCCUCUAGGUGCAGCCGUCACACUGGCUCAUGAACUGGGACACAACUUUGGGAUGAAUCAUGAUACAUUGGAGAGGGGCUGUAACUGCAAAGCAUCUACGGAUAAAGGGGGUUGCAUCAUGAACCCCUCUACUGGCUAUCCGUUUCCCAUGGUAUUCAGUAGCUGCAGUAGAAAGGACCUGGAGAACAGCCUGGAAAAAGGAGUGGGAAUGUGUUUGUUUAACUUGCCUGAAGUCAAGGAGUCCUUUGGUGGACAGAAGUGUGGGAAUGGCUAUGUGGAAGAUGGAGAGGAGUGCGACUGCGGGGAGCCUGAUGAAUGUACAAACCGGUGCUGUAAUGCAACUACCUGUACUUUGAAACCGGGAGCAGUGUGUGCGCAUGGACUUUGCUGCGAAGACUGUCAGUUAAAACCAGCAGGGAUUUCUUGCAGAGAGUCAAGUAAUUCCUGUGACCUGCCAGAGUUCUGCACAGGAGCCAGCCCUCACUGCCCAGCUAACGUGUACCUGCACGAUGGGCAUGCUUGCCAAAGGGUGGAUGGCUACUGCUACAAUGGCAUAUGCCAGACCCAUGAGCAGCAGUGCAUCACACUCUGGGGCCAAGGUGCAAAACCUGCUCCUGGGAUCUGCUUUGAGAGAGUCAAUUCUGCUGGUGAUCCUUAUGGCAACUGUGGCAAAGAUUCCAAGAGCUCCUUUGCUAAAUGUGAACCCAGAGAUGCUAAAUGUGGAAAAAUCCAGUGUCAAGGAGGAGCAAAUCGACCUGUAAUCGGUACCAAUGCUGUUUCCAUAGAAACUAAUAUCCCACUUCAGGAAGGUGGCAAGAUUCUGUGUCGUGGUACCCACGUUUAUUUGGGUGAUGAUAUGCCCGAUCCUGCUCUUGUGCUUUCAGGAACCAAGUGUGAAGAUGGAAAAAUUUGCCUUAAUCGCCGGUGCCAGAAUACAAGCGUUUUUGGUGUACAUAAAUGUGCAACAAAGUGCCAUGGACGUGGAGUCUGCAACAACAAAAAGAACUGUCACUGCGAGGCUGACUGGGCCCCCCCUUUCUGUGACAAGCCGGGGUUUGGUGGCAGCGUGGACAGUGGACCCAUUAGGCAAGCAGAUAAUAAGAGUUUAACCAUAGGAGUGCUGAUAACCAUUCUGUGCCUUAUCUUUGCUGGAGCAAUCAUGUAUGUCAAAAGGAAGACUUUCAUGAGAUGGUUGUUUACAAGUAAAAAGACAACAAUAGAGAAACUAAGGUCUGUGAGUCCAGCAAGACCUUCCAGUUCAUCUGAGCCUAAUCAUCAUGUUCCUACCACAUCUCUCAGUAAAAAUCUCAUCAGGAAGCCACAAAAUACAAACAUGCAAAAAAGAGAUGGUCCAAGAAGACCGCUGCCAUAUCAGAUCAUUGACAUUAGUAACCCUGUGAAGACACAUGAUUUGCCACCAUUAAAAACACCUCAGCGAGUCCUACCACCCCUUCCCCAGCCACCGUGUCACCACGCUGUGCCUGAAAGACCUUUGCCAGCUAACCCUUCGCUGAGGUUCACCCAGGAAACCCACAAGCCAAACCCUCCUCGGAAGCCUCUACCAGCAGACCCUUUGACCAAAGCGCGCUACAACAGCGCAUGCACAGCGGUGCCCGGACACACAAAACCUCUGCCUCACGUUACUCCUGUAAGACCUGCUCCUAAGCAUCCACCACAAGUAUCCAGGUCCAGCAACACUGCUGAUGUGAAAUGACUAGAAAAUCUGACACCUUUAUUUUAAUAAGUGAAGACAGAAGUUUGCACUAUCUUUAAACUCCAGCUGGAGUUCGUUUUUAUGACAAUACUUAGGAUUUUUAAUGUUUAAAACAGCAUUAUUUUUAAGAAUUCUGAGCUACUGCCUCUGGUGCUGUGCUGUGCUAUGGUGCUCUGUAUACUUGCUCAGGUACUUGUAAAUUAUUAAUUUAUGUUGAAUAUUUAUUACAGUGCAGUGCACUGUAGUAGAUAUUUUUACCAUAGCUGAGUUUUCCUAAGAAGGAAGCCUUUUUUUUUUUUUUUUUUUGUAAUAUUUCAUUGAACUUGAAUAAUUCUGCUCUAUUGGUCCUAUGUAGAGUUUGUAGUUUUGAUCUGUGCUUUAAGGAGUGCUGAUCCUCAUGGAUAAAUCAAAGGAAUAAGCAACUCAGUCUCAAUGGUUUAUAGCAAGCUUUUGACUAAAUAUGUCAGGGUAAAGAAAAAGAAAUUCUUCUGGAACAUGGUGAAACGCCCGAUAUCUGCACAAUGUGUAACAUAUGUAUGUAACCAAGGUACCGCUCAGUGCUAGCAGUUGUACUGUAAGUCCAGUUUUCACAUUCCUGUUUGAAAUCGAUGAGAAAUCUGUGCUGAAAGAGGAUGUAUUCACUUUGGACAAGUUCUCUUUACUGAAGAAGUACUGUAUAUCAUAAAACUGUAUUUUUGUUAACCUCAUUUUCCUCAACCCAGUAUGGUUAUCACAUACCAGUGCAGAUAUCUGGCCUCCCAGUGUCACUACCUUCUUGAUGCUUUGGUGAUUAAAUUCAACUACACUGUCAGGUACCAUCUCAUUAUGAUGCAUAGAUGUCCUGUUUAAACUGACAUGAAAUGACACACAGGGAGUAGGGGAAGCCAAGCAUUACAAAUUACGUUUUAAGAAUCAACUAUUAUCCUUAUUUCUUUUGCCUCAUUGCUCUGCUUAUCAACUGUAUUUUGCAUAUUUACUACUGUUUUGUAUUUAACUUCUAAAAUGUUGUUCUGGGUUCUUUAAUUUUCACAUCAAAAUGUGUAUUUUAAUUCAUAGACUUUGGUUAUCAUAAAAAAUGAGGGAAAAAAAAUCAUCUCUUUACUAUGUGGUAGCAUUACAUCUGAUCUGUACCAUCUCAGUAGCACUGCUGAAUAUGAUUGUUUCACCUAUGCUGUAAUAAAAACAAGUUUCAAAUAUAAGUUGAAAUAGAGGGAGAGGGAACUAAUGCCUUAUAUAGGUUAAUUUCCUCAUUGCUUGUAGUUUUUGUUUCUUUAAGCAAAAAUAAAAGCAUUGAUAGAGACUUGGAUCUCAUUUCAGUACA